GUUUCAUACGACGCGGAGUAGGGAAGAUCGCGCGCCAUGCUUCCCCCGUUCAUUUGUUGUGCUCUAUUUCUCGCGCUUUCCAACUGUGUGCACGGUGCUCGGAUCCUCGGACUCUUCCCUCACACGGGCCGAAGUCACCAAAUGGUCUAUGAACCUCUAUUACAAAAACUCGCAGAACGGGGACACCAUGUCACCGUCGCUUCCUUCUUUCCCCUCAAAAAUCCACCGGCCAACUAUACGGACGUAAGUUUCGAAGGGAUCGCUAGGGUCGGCUUGGAGACUAUUGACUUGAACUGGUACGAGAACCCGAAAUUUAUCCUACGUAUACCGAUAAUAGGAAGAAUUUGUAAGCAAAUAACAGAUAUUAGCCCACUGGCGGAGAUGGCAUUAAACGUCUGCAGUAAGGCGAUCGAGUGGCCACCGCUUACAGAAGCCCUGAACAAGGAAUAUGAUAUAAUUUUAGUUGAAAAUUUUAAUAGUGACUGUAUGAUAGGUCUGUUACAUGUGUACCAAGUAAAGGCGCCGGUUGUCGCAUUGUUGUCGAGUAAUAUAAUGCCAUGGUCGGCUGAACGCAUUGGAGCUACAGACAACCCCUCUUACGUACCCUUAAUCACCGCUAUCACAUCAUUUAAUAGUCAAAUGUCAUUUUUGGAACGAAUGGAAAAUACAUUUUUAAAAUUAUUUUUUACUUUUUGGUAUCGUCAUGCAAUUCAAAUGAAAGAGCAGGCUUUGAUAGAAAAACAUUAUGGGAUAAAGAUUCCAGAAUUAGGUGUCCUUGUUAAAAAUAUAAGUUUAAUGUUGACGAAUACGCACCAUACUCUCAAUGGUGCUAGACCUCUCGUGCCCGGUCUUGUGGAGGUCGGAGGUAUGCACUUGAACCCAACGAGAAAAGUUAUACCAGAGGUAAGCGACCUAAACAAUUUCUAUCUCUAACUGUUACAUUAAAUAUUAUAUGAAAUAUCAUAUAUGCCUCCCUU